CUGAGAUAUUGAUUUUUCUGUCGGUCAGUGAAGUAAACAUAAAAUAGACGAACGAUUACCAAAGGUUAAUAACAUAUUUAAUCAAGGAAAUUAUAAUUUAGAAACGUGAAUUUGAAUGUAAUCUGCGAGUAUCAGUAAAAGUAGAUUUUAUGUAGAAUAGAAGCCUAGACUAGCGCAUUCCUUCUCCUGUUUAAAAAGGGUACCAACUGGUUGCGAGUAAAAUGUCCAGUAUAAACUACACAACCCGAACAGAGGGCCAGACAAAAAUAAAUACUAUAAUAUGGACUGUGCCUAAUUUUGUAAAUCUACUGGAAAACAAGGUUAUUCGGGAGUUCCGUACAGAGAAAUCAAAGGACCCAACAGCAGAUUCUUCAGAGUCGAGAUUUCAGUUAAAGAUGCAAUUUCUUGGUCGCGACAACGACAUUAUUGAGAUAUACUAUUUAUCCCCCAAUCCAGUUUUUCUUAAGUCUCUUUUAACAAUAUGUUUAAAACGUUUUGAAGAGCGCACCAUCGUUAUAAAAGAAUAUCACACUAUACAAGCGAAUAAGUGGCAGUACUUAGCCACUCUAUUUAAGCGUGAUAUUGCUAGUUAUGAAGGUCGUGACGUAUAUUUACUCAGUGAUGGCAGUUUACGUAUAAAAUUCCAGUUCAUGGUUACAAAUGAUAUUAAAGUUGAGCAUUCUAAUGUACCUGAGGCACAGUUAAGUGAUGACUUUGAAAAUUUGCUCAACAAUGGAUUAUUCUCAGAUGUUACUAUGAAAUCUGCUGAAGGUACUGAAUACAAAGUACACAAAGCUGUGUUAGCGAGCCGUAGUGCAGUUCUCAAGGCACAUUUUGAACAUAACACAACCGAGUGUUAUACCAACACCAUUGAGUCUCCAUUGGAAGCAGAUGUGCUACGAGAAGUACUCACGUUCAUAUACAGUGACAAAGCACCGCGAGUCGAUGAGAUACCAGAAAAACUUUUAGCAGCAGCAGACUAUUACCAACUCAACAGACUGAAAAGUUUAUGUGAAGAAGCAUUGCACAAGAGACUCACUGUUGAGAAUGCCAUAGAGACACUGCAAUUGGCAGAUUUACACUCGGCUAACACUUUGAAGCAAUUAACUCUGGAGUUCAUAAAGGACGGCCAAGCAAGGUUAAUAACUACUACUGAUGGAUGGGCUAAAGUAAAAUCUGUUGAGUUGAUCAAGAGGAUCUAUGAGUACAUCAUGGCAGAUGAUGUUGAUGGUGACAUCAAAUGAGGAAAAACAUAAAUACUCCUUGCUUUUUAGAAACUGUAAUGCUUCAAAUAGCAGUAAAUAUUAAUAUUGUGACUCUUAUUAAGGUGUCAUAAUAUAUAAUGCAAAGCUUCUCAGUGGGUGGAAGAACAUUCUGCUACCACAAUUAUUUUGCAAACUUUUAUGUUUAUCCUAAACUUGUAAAUACUACAAACAUCUCUUAUUUAAAUUUUAAUGCACUAACUAUAUAAAUGUAUCUAAUUAUAUAUAAUUGUAAAUUAUAAUACCCAGCCAUGUAUUUAUACUGUCCCACUGCUGUAUAAGGGUAUCCUACCACUGAAAUAAUUUAAGCUUGGUGACCAUAUCCUGGACUACAUCCUUCGAGGGUGGACUCUAGUCUACAUUAAAAUAGCUAUCAACUUCAAGUGGGAAUCAUGAGGGGCAAAACUUAAAAUUAAUUCAUUAGGGUCAAAAAUCCUUCAGAUUAUAUUAAAAAAGUUUUGUUUCUCACGAUUAGAGAUUUACGUUACACAAAACUCAAUUUCAUACCCAAUUUGAGCGUCAAAAAUAAAAUAACCUAGACAUUGUUCGAAAAUAUUUUGUAAGAAAUAAAUAGAAUGUCCUAUGAUCUUGCGCACGGUGGCGACAAUUUCUAAUAAACACAAAACUGUGUCUAAUAUCAUAAUCAAUGUCGGCCAAAAAUCCUUCAAAAUCAAGUUUUUUAUAUCGUUAACAUUUCGAUGUCUGUGUUAUUUGACUUUAUUAUAAUACUACAAGUUAUUAAG